CCAAAGGGUGUGCUUUCAUUCACUUCUCUUUCAGUUUGGAGCUUUGUCAGCUUCUUCUCUUUUCUGCCGCAACAAGUUUCAAGCUUUCUUCGGUUUUCUGAACUUCAGGCUCAAGCAAUCGGUUUCUUCAUGUGUUGCAAUUUUAUGUCCAAUUGUGGUGACUUAGAUGCCGACUGUUAACCCUGAUCCGUCUGACAAAGAUUCUGAGCCGUUUGUGGAAACCGAUCCGACUGGUCGCUAUGGCCGAUACAGUGAGCUAUUGGGGAGUGGUGCUGUGAAGAAAGUGUACCGCGGAUUUGAUCAGGAAGAAGGGAUAGAGGUGGCUUGGAACCAAGUGAAGCUGAGGAACUUCUGUGAUGACCCUGCCAUGGUGGAUAGGCUUUACUCUGAGGUGAGGCUUCUCAGAAGCUUGAAAGACAAGAACAUCAUUGCUCUUUACAGUGUGUGGAGGGAUGAGCAGCGAAACACGCUGAACUUCAUCACUGAGGUGUGUACCAGUGGGAAUCUGAGGGAGUACAGGAAAAAGCACAAGCAGGUUUCCAUGAAGGCCCUGAAGAAGUGGUCUAAGCAGAUCUUGAAAGGGUUGGACUAUUUGCACACACAUGAUCCAUGCAUCAUCCACAGAGAUCUCAAUUGCAGUAAUGUGUUUGUCAAUGGGAAUACUGGCCAGGUUAAGAUUGGUGACUUGGGUUUGGCAGCAAUUGUGGGCAAGAACCAUUGUGCCCACACCAUUCUCGGCACACCAGAAUUCAUGGCUCCAGAGUUGUAUGAUGAAGACUACACAGAGUUGGUGGACAUAUACUCAUUUGGGAUGUGUGUGAUAGAGAUGGUGACACUGGAGAUUCCUUAUAGUGAGUGUGACAAUGUUGCAAAGAUAUAUAAGAAGGUCUCUUCUGGGUUGAGACCUGCAGCUUUGAACAAGGUGAAAGAUCCAGAGGUGAAGGAAUUCAUUGAGAAGUGCCUUGGUCAACCAAGGGCAAGACCUUCUGCUGCUGAGCUACUCAAAGAUCCUUUCUUUGAUGAGCUUGUUGAUGAUGAAGAUGAUGAUGAAAACAGUGACUGUUCUGGUUCAUAGUUGUUCUUUCUGUGAUGAAUAUAUGUUGAUGGAUUUGUGUUUUUCAUUAGAUUUAUCUACUUUGGUUUUUCUUUUUUAAGUUACAUAUCAAUUUGUGGGGCAAGACCGUUUGUUUUGUUUUGAUUUUUCCCUUUGGUCAGCUUUGGAAUUGGAUAAGGGUUAAACAUUUGGUAACCUGGGGAGGGCUUAAUUGGGGUGGUGUCAAAUUUGUCUCUAUUGUGACUAAAAUUGUAGGGUGAGUAGAUAUGAUGUCUAAGUCUGAAGUGAACAAGUGGAGACUCAAAUAUUUGUUAUGCUCCACUUGAUCAAUCUUCUGGAAUUGGUGUCAAUUUGUACAUAUGAACCUUUCUUGGCUCACAAGCAUAUAUUAAAUGGCAUAUGAUUGUUUUUUGGUA